CGCAAUGACUCUGCGCCCCUCCUAGGGGGCGGGCCCCACACUUUGGGAACCUCUGUGUUAGAAUAAGAUCCGGGUGGAGCUGCCAGUAGCAACUAUAGUUGCUAAUGUGCUCUCAUAAGUCUGUUCAUUUGUGUUGGCUAGUUUUUUUUUUUAUUUUUAAAGUCAUGCCGAGCGCCGCCUCGCUUAAAAAAAAAAAAAAAAAAGUUCCAUCAAGUCGGACAUGAACACAUCGAGUUACACCGGAAAUCCACAAGAGAAACCCUCUCCAUAAAGGCACCAAACCUUUGUCAUAUUUGCGCAUCACCGAGGGUUUUUUAUUUAUUUAUUUUGAGCCAACCACAGCUCGCAUCCUGGUCACUGACUUGACGCGGAGGAGCGGAGUUCCAGACGCGCACUGAAACCAGAUGCCACCACCAGCACAUUUCCUCUGGCACCGAAAAUGGGCUGCGCAAUAUCAGGUCUCGCAGCAAAAUCAGAGUUUGCAGAGAAGACUUCAGAGGAUGCUGCUGCUGCCGCCGCGUAUCCCAACGAGGACCAGAUUCAGAUGAUUAAAGACUCGUGGAAAGUUAUCCGGGACGAUAUAGCCAAAGUUGGGAUUAUUAUGUUCGUCAGGUUGUUUGAGACCCAUCCUGAAUGCAAGGACGUCUUUUUCCUCUUCCGAGAUGUGGAGGACCUGGAGAGGCUGCGGACCAGCCGAGAACUCAGGGCGCACGGCCUGCGGGUGAUGUCUUUUAUUGAAAAAAGUGUGGCUAGACUGGACCAGCUGGACAGACUGGAGGCUCUGGCUCUGGAGCUGGGGAAAAGCCAUUAUCAUUACAACGCCCCGCCUAAGUACUACAGCUAUGUUGGAGCAGAAUUCAUCUGCGCCGUGCAGCCCAUCCUGAAGGAGAGGUGGACGGCCGAGCUGGAGGAGGCGUGGAAGACCAUGUUCCAGUUUGUGACCAGCCUCAUGAACCAGGGAUACCAGGAAGAGAGCGCCCGGCAGCGCCAGCUCGCGCUAUCCCCGAAGGAGAGACCGGACAAGAGAAACACCGCGCUAUGAGACGGCACUUCUUUUAACCGCCACACAGACUGUUAUUGCCAGUACAGCACAAAAAUGCGUGUUUGUAAAUAGCGUAUUAACCGUAAUGUUUCCUAUCUUGCUGACGUUUGGUCCUUUAGUAUUUUAACAGACAAAAACGAGCUGUGACUGUUUAGAAAGCACUUUAUUUUUGAAUUUAAAUUCUGCUGCAGUCCUCUUGAAUGAGAGCAGGACUCUGGUAUCACGACGGGACAAACACAAAUGGGAAACGUUUUCUGGCUGCAGUCAAACGUGCUUUGUGAUUGUGAUAAAAAAAAAAUGGCAUCUGAAUUACAGCCAAUACUCCUCUCUGUAUUUAUAACUCAAACAUGCUUUCAGUAAAUCUGCAGCUUUCAACAUUUUUUGCACUAUUUAACCAAAUCAUGACAUCAUUCAGACAUUAGCUGAAGCUGUAAUAUACAUAUUGGUGUUAAAGUAUUUAAGACAGCCAGUUUAACA